AUGUCUAUCAGCCUCUAUAAUAGGCUGUCUCUGUUGGCCAGGGAUCUGCCUGCUGUGCGGUUUCGAGGGGCUCUGAGGAGCCUGCUGACGGAUCACCCUCUGUACUCACUCCGUGAGUUCUGUAUGUUGGAGAGCAUUGUGCAACUGACGCAUAUUGAGAGAAAUAAUAAAUUCUUUGAGAUAUUACUCAGAAUUAUGAAUCAGAAUGUGUUUGAUGAGUUUUUAUUGAUAUUAGAAGAAAAUUAUUGGUGGGUUGCCAAAAAGUUGCAAUAUCAAGCUGAUCUGAAUGGCAACCGACCUACAGAAUACAACCUGCCUUCAGAUACUUACGAUAGACAAGAAACUUUGAAAGAAAAAGCAGAAAGUGUAUUAAGGAGAGGAGGUGCUCCACUGCACCAAUUAAGCAGCCUUUGUGUUUCAAGGUCCAAAAUGAUGGAAAGAUUGAAGAAUGAGAUAAUAGGAUUAAAACCUGGUAUGUUUUUGGUUCUUCAUGGUAUGAGUGGUAGUGGAAAGUCGUCACUUGCUAUGGAGGUUUUGAAGGACUAUGAACUUGUCUUCAAUCAUUUGCAGGGCAACGUCUUCUGGAUAUCCGAACUAAAGAACAUUGAGCAUAUUCAUAAAAAACUUCUCAAUUUAAUAAGUGAUGGUGAUCAGUUUGUAGGCGAAAUGGAUCCCAUCAAUUGCGAAGCGAAAAUUGCUCAUAUAAUAAAGAAGAAAAACCUACAAAAUGCCAUGAUUGUCUUUGAUGAUGUGGUCUCGAAUGUGAAAUAUUUGAACUUCAGUUGCAAGAAGCUUAUAAUAACACACGAUGAACACAUUGUUAAUCGAGAGCCUACAAAAGAAGUCAAGCAAAUCAAAAUUGAUCUUCGAUUAACAGAUAAAGAAGCUAAGAUUCUACUUUCUCAGGCCACUGGUUUCAACUUAUCGGAAUUACCAGAAGAAGCCAAUGAGAUAAUUCGAUUAACUCAAGGUUUUCCAUUUCUCUUACAUUUUCUUGCUAGACAUUUUCAGCAAAAUAAGGAAUCCUUGAAUAAUGAAUUGUGGAAAAAGACAACUGAAAUUUUAAGACGCGAAAGACGUGGCAAAGAAGAUGGACCCAUGAAUUACAUUCUAGACAAUUUGUACAAUGUAUUUGAUCAUCACCUUGGAGAAUUGUCAACAGAAAUGCAACGUUACUACGAAAUGUGUGCUGUAUUUCAAAGUGAUAUCAAUCUGAUGACUGAGGUUUUCACUACGAUCUGGUCCAUGAACGAAAUGAAAGCGAUGGUUGUGCUCGAUGAGUUUUAUAAUAAAUCGCUUAUUGGGAAAAAACCAAAUGCUCACAUUGGAGGACAGCUGGUGUUUGGCAUUCAUGAUGUUUGUUUAUACUAUCUGAGAAACAGAAAGAAAGAUGAUAUGAAGGAAUUACACAAUGAGCUGAUCGAUAAGUACAAUACUAAGUGUGGGGGAGAAUUGUGGAAGCUGCCUGUGGAUAAUUACAUUCACUUCUACUUGGGUUAUCAUCUGGAGAAUGCAGAACGGCUGGAUCUGUUCAGUCUGUUUGUGAAUUUGCAAUUUGUUAGUGCUAAAAUAAAAGCAGUGGGCACAACUGAUCUCCUUAACGAUUAUGAGAAGUACGAGAAGUAUAUCGCCACAAAGGACAAUGAAAAUCUAUUUGAAGAGCUAAAAACGUUUGUCAGACAUUAUGGACACAUACUUCAUCAGAGUGAUGAUGUUGACAUAAUUCAGCUGGGUUUGCAACAGGAAGAAUCGUCGGCCAUAUUUGAAUCAGCCAGAGCUCUUGCCCAGAAACAGCCCGAUAAGAUAUUUUUGAACUUUCAGCCAAAGCAUAAACAUAUGGAAUGCAAUUCAGAUAGUUUGAGCUUCAAAAUUAAAGGGCACGUGAAUGUGGCUUGUUUCUCGGACCACUUAGACUAUGCAUUUUUAGGCCAAAGCGACGGAAAUAUAAAUAAAAAGAGACUGGAUAGACUACAUUCGGCUGGUUUAUCAUUUGAAACUGGACACAAAAAAAGUGUCAUUCACCUUGUUUUGAGUCCGAAUCAACGGUACCUAAUGUCUGUCGACCAAGAUCUUGAAUUCAGAGCAUGGGACUUGAUCAAAAUUAACGAUAAAAGAUUCAACUUGAAUGGUACUUUGAAAAAUGGCAAUCAGUCCCCUUCCCCACCUGCAAGACAAAAAGAUUACUCUCCAAUCUUUAACAGUGGGCUAAAGUUGGCUGACGACUUCAUCGUUAAAGAAACUCAUAGACGUCCACUCACAUGUCUGAGGUUCUCUCCAAACUCUGAAUAUAUUUUUUCAUGUUCAGAUGAUAAAUGUGUAAAAAUGUGGUGUUUCGAAAAAGACAUUGGCGGUGUGGAUGUUCUGCGAUCAAUGUGGGAAGACAAAACCGCCUCAGUUGCCAGGUGUUGUGCUUUCUCAACGGAUGGGAGCACAGUGCUAGUGGGCUGUGAUAAUAAGACUCUCAUUUCAAUGUCGGUCGACGGUCUCUUUGCAAGGAAGAAAAAGAAUUACAAUUUCGACUCAGCUGUCAAAUGUUUGCACACCAUUGUCGGAGUGAACGGCACACACCCUCCAAUUGAAGGCCAUUCGAACUUUGUUCUCGUUCUUGGUAACAAGGUGGAGGUGAUCAGAAUUAAAAAUUCUUAUUUGCAAGCAAGUGGUGCUGAAGUCAGCACCAAUAAAAAUUACGAUGUUUUGUGCUCAUGGACUUACCAAAAGUCACAGGAAAACUUCGUAACUAGAAGUUGGGUGGGGGAAAAUGGCGCAUUCAUAGCUCUCACCACUAGCAGGCAUUGUGUGUCACUGUACAACUUGGCCAAUGGACAUCUGCAGCGGGAGUACAUCUAUGAAUCUAGCCAAGUAAUAAUGAGCAUAGAUUUGUUGAUGAAAGAGAAUACCAGCUACAUGCUGGUGCUUUGUGAGAACGGGAAUUUGCACAGAGAGAAGCUGGAACUCGCUGCCAACGAGCAGGCGUCUAAACUGUGUGUAGCCCCCAACUGGAGUGGCCACCUGCAACAACCUACCCUCGUUCUGCCUUGCAUCAAUGGCUUCAAGGUCAUAGGUGCUCAAUCCAUCACAACUGAAUUCGAUCUGAAAACAAACGUGACAUCGUGCCAUAUUGACAGCAAUGGAAGUGUGGUGGUGAUUGGCACAGACUGCGGUACUGUCCAGCUGUUCGACCUAAGCACCGGGCACUCAAGCACCUCUCUCCACUUCAAAGAUGGCAACCGAAAUCCGUCCCUUGUUGUUCUAGUCAAGGUUUUCGUUGUUGAAAGCGAAAAUCUUAUCGUUGGCGUUGAUAGUAAACAUUUGGUCAAGAUCUUUUAUAGGUCUGAUGAGAUAGAAUACCAAGCCCGAAGUAAGGUGAAAGGAGUGUGGUAUUCCUCUGAUACCAAUGAGCUGAUUCUAGUAGAGCUGAACCAACAAAUUAAGAUGUGGAAGGUUAUCAACAAAGUGGAGAUAGUUGACAAUUGGACCCAGACUAAUGGAAAUGAUAAUGAUCUCCUUGAAGGAUUAGCUCUGGUUCGAUGUUGUGAUUUGAGUAGCUCCAACUAUUUGGCUGUUGCUACAUCGAAGAUGGUGAAACUCUGCAACUUGAUCAAUAAGGAGAAGAACGAUCUGUCUUUCGACCAAACAUUGAAUUGUUGUGGUUUUUCGGCUGAUGGGAAAUGUUUGGCGUUUGGCUUUGCGGACGGAGCGAUCAAGAUUUACAAUGUUGAUCUGCAAGCGAUUGGUGAGACGAACGUGAAGAGGUCGGUGCAUCGUGUGUGCGUCGGGAAUGGCGCGAGGGUGUUUGGUGCGCUGUCCGCCAAACGCAUCUACUUGGGCCGCCUGCCUUCCGCAUCGGCUGACUUCCGCAUCGGCUGCACCGAACUGGUCGCCAAACAGCUCUUCAAGGCCGCCAAUCACGACUGCUUCCUCGCUAUCGACACACGCUCUCAAAUCUAUCAAGUCAAGUUUUACAACAGCUUCGAUUUAUCUGGUGCGCUCUCCACUCUCACUAUUAGUAAGUUGAUCCACGAUCUACUAGGCAGCCUAGACCUAAACUGUCCACUAAACGAAAGUAGUAGUGAUUGAUAUUUGAAAAAAAUUAUUAUUACUCAUAAAUCAAAUCAAAUAAUUUAUUUCGCCAUUUAAAAAAAACAAUCACAAAUACAGAGCAAAUCAAAUAUGAUGAACAAUAAAUUAAAACAAAAUACAAGUGUUAACUUAAAAAUAAGAAAAUAAUAAUACAUUAAUAAUAUUGUAUGAUUGAUAUUUGAAAAAUUUUAUUAUUACUCAUCAAUCGUAUUGUAUGAUUGAUAUUUAAAAAAUAUAUUGUGAAAGUGACUCAUUACCUAGCUAAAUUUGAACUGUUGUAUAAAUUAGAUUUGGAACCGUUUUGGGCUUGAGCAUGUGAUACUUUUCUGAAAGUUGUGUUAUUUUUCAUAAUUGAAUAAAAUAGAUAUCAAUAUUAAAAUGUAUAAUAAUAAUUUUGUAAAACGUAAUUAGAGGCAUUGGAAGUUCCUCAGAUCAGUUCUCAAAUUGUCACUUUAAAUAAAAGGUUCUGUUCAAUUAUGUAUUAAAGGUAAAAUGAAAGGUUAGGGAGGUUAGGUUUUGGGUUUUAAAUCGCAAUAUGCUAAUAUUAUUCAAUUUUUUGGAUAAUAAUUAUAUUUUAGAUAAUGAAAACAAAUAACGAAGACAAGUUGAAAAACUUGCUCUUUUGAAACAUCAAACAAUAUGAAUGACAUGGGUGUCAUUCAUGUGUGCGAUAUCUCAAGUAUGCGAGAAUAAUUUGUUAUGGUUACAUAAUUUUCUACUGCGCUACUUAUAGUGUGAUUCACGUCUUGAGGUCAGCAUCCAAUAAACAUUGAUUUGCUAUCCUUAUCUGUCAACUGCCAUUAAACAAAGUAUAGCUAGCUCAACCUCUUUCCAACCCGGGAUCAAGGAAUACUUGAGGCAAAACUUGAAUUUCUACAAAAUGUUGUUCAUCAAAUAAAUGUUAGUUUAAAUCAAACCUAAGCUCUUAGGAAAACGAUUUAUCUCAUUUUUUAGCUAACUGUAUAUUUGAAAAAUACCUUGGUUGAAUGUAACGGAUGCGGCAUUGAAUCGGGAGUUUCGAUAACCCUGAAAAAAGUAUAUUUUUGCGGUGGUAAGGGAACGCGACUGUCCCCAUUUUGUAGAGCCUGCUCUACCAUUUAUGUAAUGGGCACCAGAGAGAAUUCACGAAAAGUAUCUUCACAGUGUCAAAGUCAACUUGUACAAUCUCAUCAAGGGAACAGUAAUUGAAUCUCUGAUGUGUGGCAAGUAGCACCAUAUUGUUUGGAAAACAAGUUUUGGGAAUAAGGAUUAAGGGAUGAGAAAGUUUUCUAACAUGUUAACAUAGAAGAGAGGGGAAGAACAACUAUAUUGUUUGAAACACAAGUUUUGGUAAUAAGGAUUAAGGGCUGAGAAAGUUUUCUAACAUGUUAACAUAGAAGAGAGGGGACAUUCAUUUCUGUUCCCAUAAAAGUAUGGUCCUUAAAAAUAACUCUUCUUGAGACUGUAAUUAAGGCACUGUGAAAAGACUUUCUGAUGUAUUCUCUGGGAAUUUUCUAGUGCCCAAUACGUAAAUGGUAAGGCCAGAGCUACAAUUUAGUUAUUAGUGUGAUAGUGUGGAUAUCGCGAUAACAUUAUACUAUUCGCAGUGUAGCCAAUUCGCCCGAUUCACUGCCGCACUCUAUUUUUUAUGUUAUUUAAGAUAAUUAAUCCUUCUUAUUCACUAUUCAAUAUGUUAACGAUUUAUCAAAUCAAAUAAGGCCGUAUUGGUAAUGAAUCAUUGAAAGUGCGUAAACCCACAUAAUAUCAUUACACUGAACUUUUUUAGAAUGCUCAAUCUAUAAAAAGAGAUACAACUGUUUCAUACAUACCCAGCAAGACACAUCAAUAAAAGAGUGUGUAAUGUGAUCUCUUAUAAUUAUGUUAUUGAACUAUUUUCAUUUUCUAAAAUCAUUGUUAUAAAAUACAUAAGAUGCAAUCGUUAUGAUUUCCGUAAUUAUUGAACUAUCUGUAUUAUCAUGAAAUAAAUUUAUACAUUAUUGCUAUUCUCCAAUUCAUAUUCUAGUUAUAUAAUUACUGGCACAUGAUUUCUAAUUAUGUUUUCUAAUUAGACUGAUUUUUUUAUAAUAGAUGUAUGUAAGUGAAUAUUGCAGGGAAGGAUUUUCUGGUCACUACAUAUAUUAUUCAAAAAUCUUCAUAAUACACCUACAUGACCAAUAUUUAUGAUUUGAUAAUAUUUAUCAAACUCUUUACUACUGCUACUGCACUGAACAUCUCAGGAACUGAUAACUGCCCUAUCUUAUAUAGAUUCUAAUUAUAGAUUAUUAUCAUUAAGUUCUGAUAGAUUGCCGAUUCUUUUUUGUCUGAACUAGACUGAUUUUUGAAAAAUCGAAUAUUAACU